AUGAAGUUUUUGACUAUCCUCUCCACCGCCCUCUUCGUCGCCUUUGUGGCAGCUAACCCUGCCAACGAGGAUAUGGCGAAGCGACAGAUGGAGCAAAACCAAUCUGCCUCAACUUCAAUUCAUCUGCUGCAGCUAACAUCUGGCCAAUUACCUUCUUUUAUCACGCCAUUCUCUCUGCAGUCAGAGCUUCGGGGUACUGCUAUUUUCCUCGCACAGGGUGGACUGACCAAUGUUCCGAGACACAGAGAAAGUGUGCUUCUUGGACCUGCAUCACCCUUCCACGUUGCCCAGAUUAACAGUACUGAGCGCUUAGCUACUGCAGGCCUGACGAGCCAGAUGAACGCACUGAAUCAGCACAACUGA